AUGUUGGCUCAGUAUCGUAGGCUGUUAAACCUGCCCAAUCUGGCAUUAGCUGUUGCUCUGAUCUCGAAUACCGUUAGGUCUAUCAAAUUCGAUCUCCACGCUAGUCAUUCACCUGCACCACAAUGUAUAUGGUAUUAUGCCAUGACCGAUACUCUGGUCGUCAUCUCAACCAAUAUCGAAAACGGGGAUAACCAGAAGGUAGAUCUCGAGGUUAUCGAUGGCUCAACCCACAAGAACGUUUACCAAUCUAAAAAAGACCUUCAAGGAGAGACUCGAAUAGCAAUCACUACCCAUAAUGAUGCCGAUCUGGGUGUCUGUUUUACGAAUCGCCUUGACUCCCAUGUGCAUCUCGCUCGUCCAGCCCAAAAACGGAGUAUCGAUUUCGAUGUAGACAUUGGUGCAGAUGCUGUUGACUACAACGCGAUCGCCAAGGCUGAAUCAUUAUCCGGGCUAGAGGUUGAGAUGAGGAAACUCGAAGGAAUCGUAACAGAAAUCGUCGAAGAACUGAAUUACUUGAAACGGCGCGAAGCCAAGAUGAGGGACACGAACGGCUCUGUUGCUCCUAAUCCCUCCGACUUGAAUCCGACUGCCUGA